AUCGAAAUACUACAAAUCCUGAAAAUAACACUUUGAAGUAUUUUGGUAUUGGUGCUUUGACUUUAAUAACAUUUGAUAUUAUGAAAAUUCUAGCAAUUGGCGAUAUAUUUGGCAAAACUGGGCGAGAAGUAAUCAAAAAAUACCUUCCCCAAUUAAAAAGAGAAGAGAAAAUUGACUUAGUUAUUGCGAACGUGGAAAAUACCACCCACGGAAAAGGAAUAUCUAGGAAACAUUAUGAAGAGUUAAAGUUCACAAAAGAAAAAAAAAUACUGAUUGAUGUAAUGACUUCAGGAAAUCAUAUUUUUGCCUGUGAAGAAACCCAAAAGUUUGUCAACGAAGUUCCUAAUUUGUUAAGACCCCUUAAUUCUAAUCCUUAUCACCCAGGAAAGGGCACGGUUAUGGUUCCUCUAGUUAAAGGUAAAAAAAUUCGUAUUACUAACCUAAUUGGAACCACUUUUAUGUCUAUGGCCGCCGAAAACCCUUAUUUUGCUUUAAAAAAAAUAAUUGACUUGCAAGAUUGUGAUAUUCAUUUGGUCGAUUUUCAUGCUGAAGCUACCGCGGAAAAAAUUGCUUUAGCACUUCGUUAUGACGGACAAAUAAGUGCUCUUUGGGGCACUCAUACCCACGUGCAGACUGCCGAUGAAAGAAUAUUACUGAAAGGAACCGCUUUUAUUACUGACUUAGGAAUGACCGGCCCUGCCUGGGGUGUUAUUGGGGCUGAUCCAAAAGGAAUUAUUAAGCGAGCAGAACGGGGUUUACCGGCUAAGAUGAUUCCUCAUGAGGACGAGAAAGACAAAGGGCAAUUUAACGGAGUAAUUAUUGAGUUUGAUGAUAUUAAUAACAGAGUAAUUUCUAUUAAAAGAAUUAGAAAAAUAUUUUAA